UCGAUGCGACUCCCGCACGUGUCCGAUCCGCACGGAUCGUUGACUGCGCGGUACAGUAGCGCUGCUGCUACUGUACAUCGAGGUUUCACGAUUUUCGCGACGUCGCUUUUCACCACGACGAAGCUGUCUUAUCUAUUAGACAUUAGAACUAACACCAGGGUUACCCCUUCCCGCCAGGGGUGUAUGCUCUAGCAUUGGGAGAGUUGGGAGCAGCUGACAUCGGCGUGGAGUUUGGGCAGUCACGCGUCCACGUGCUGGUCUCUGCAUGUCGAGGUGACGCGUUGUGACACAGGUGCCGCACGGAGAUCGCAAUGCCUCAAGUUAUGGACGACGAAGGAGUGGUUGCAUUCUUCAAAGGUCAAAUAGAGCAGGACCCAGACAAUCCGUCGGCUGUGGCUGCCAUCCGCACCCUCAUCCACUUCCUCAAGCGGGACACCGGGGAGACCCUGCAGGGCCUGAGGGAGAGCCUCAAGAGCAUUAUGCGCCUGUUGAGUGGCAUCGACGCAUCUGUGUCCAUGUCCUCUUGCUGUGAACUGUUCCUGAGAACCAUCACUCUCACUAAGCUUGAUGAGAAGCCCAUCGCUGAGUGCCGGCAGAUCCUGAUCGAGAGAGGCGAAUUGUUUCUGUCGAAGAUCUCAGACUCGAGGAACAAGAUUGCCAAGAUGUCGCAGUCGUUCAUUCGUGAUGGCGCGACGAUCCUGACCCACUCCAGCUCGCGGGUCGUCUUGCGCGUCCUGGCGGAGGCUGCCGCCUCCAAGAAGCGCUUCCACGUUUACGUCACGGAGUCCUGCCCCGACCGCUCGGGACAUGCCAUGGCCCAGCGAAUCCGGGAGCUUUCCGUUCCUGUAACUGUUAUCCUGGAUGCUGCAGUCGGCUACAUCAUGGAGCAAGUGGAUUUGGUGUUUGUGGGAGCAGAAGGAGUUGUGGAGAGCGGAGGAAUCAUUAACAAGAUCGGCACGUACCAGAUGGCAAUAUGUGCUAAGGCGCAAAAUAAACCGCUGUAUGUGGUAGCAGAAAGUUUCAAAUUCAUGAGACUCUACCCGUUAAACCAACAGGACGUACCUGAAAAAUACAAGUACGAACCGGAUGUGUUGCUGUCAAACGAAGCUCGAUCAGAAGCCCACCCACGCACGGACUACACGCCGCCCGCGUUCCUCACUUUGCUCAUCACCGACUUGGGGGUUCUCACUCCGUCUGCCGUGAGCGACGAGCUCAUUCAGCUGUACGUGUGAAGACACUUGAGACCGUUUGGAAAUGUACGAUCGCAUUUACAUCAACGAAGACGUCGCACAUCACCCGACCUUGACAACCUGUCACAAUGCACGUAAAUUGGCCACCCUGGACCAGGUAACCAUCGUUUUCUGAACUGUGCCCCUUACAACCUGACAUUUCAUGACCAUUCUCACUCGAGAUAUAGCAUAUUGGUAUCAGCAAAUAAUGGACUGUAUAUAUUGAUAUAUACAUUUGACAACUAUAAACAGACUUUCUUUUAGAAAGCACUAUGUAAUGAACAGCAUUUUGACGAGGUUUUGAAAUAUCUUUGUUGAUAAAACAAUAACAUUUAGCGAGCUGCUCGUAGUAAGAUAUUAUUUUGGACAAAUUAAUUACUGAGAGUGGACUCAGCUGGUAAUCAUCAUUUCUUAUGUUAAACCCAUUUUUUUGGUGUUAAGACUGAGCAACUGUUUAUUCACUUCUCGAAAAUAAACUUCGGCUUGAGAAACA